CAGCUGUAGAUUUUAUUAUGACUGAUGAACAUGGGUCUGAUGAGCUCGGCAACAUGGCAGAAUACCUAAAGAUACUUUAUUACUGGUUCCUUUUGGGUCCAAUUAUCACGCUCGAAUGGCUCAGACGAAAGAAGAAACUCUGUUGUGUGACGAUAUCACAACAAGUCCAUGAGGAAUCUGCAGCUGGCAACGAGGAAAAUGCGCGGUUAGUCCCAAGAGUUGACGAGGAUCAGGAACAGAACGUACAAGACAUCACCGGUGGGGAAAUUGAAAGUGAAUCUCAACUUCUAAUCACUACAGCAGACACAGACACUGAUAUAACAAUAUUUGACCUCAUGGGCAGAAUUAUAGUUCGUGUGACAAGGAUAUUUGGAAUCCGUUACCUCGCAUUUCUCUAUUUUACGGUUUACAAUAUGAUGUGCACAGUUUCCAAUUUUCUUUUUAUUAUCAUUCUCAACAAACACAAAGUUGUCACAAGGUAUGUGUUCUACAUCAGUGUGUGUAUGAUCUGUGCUUAUGUUGAAAGUGACAUAGUAGCUGUGUUUUACUUCAUUCUUAAUUCUCAAGGCUCCCUGAAUAACUUAAAACUCACUGCCCUUCGCACUGUAGCACUGGGCCUCACUUUGACUCUGAGUUUUAGUUCUUCAAUGCACAUAAUCCGCAAACUUAUGAAGCCUCAGGAGUCUGUGUUUGAGGGACUGUCAGAGAGGUGAGUUCAAUGUUUUUGGAUUGGGUAAGCAGCAUCUCUUGUCAUCUUCCUUCGAUAUCAGUUUUUACACAAUCUGCGUGACAAAUAUUAAUGGGAGCUAAACGAAAAAUUUCAUAAUAAUCUGGAAUUUGAUUGGGUUUUCCAUAAAAUAGGACUUGGCCGUGUUUUAGAGUGGUGUUAUGCCGCUUUUCUACAGCCUUGUGAAAUAAAGAACUUUGACAUUAGGGGGUUUAACAAAAACACAGCGGCUAUAGAGCGGGAACGUCACUAAACAAAAGGUUUCAUGAGUAGAACAGUCGUGCACGUGCGUUAUAAAUCUUUGUAAAUUUCUUCGCGUCCUUUGCAAAACAACAAUGUGAAGUGACCAAACUUUGCCUUGAAUUGUUAG